AUGGCCAAUUUCGGUCGGUUUUACGUGCCGCCGUUCGGGGCCGCCAUGAACGUGGUGUGGGCCGCCGUCAAGGCGUACGUGCCCGAGGACAGUCCAUGUGUGGAAGCCAUCAUGAAACGUCGUGGUGAUCGGGCGGCGGAGGGCGCGGCGUCUGCCGGGACUGGGACCGGGGCGGCGGACGGCGUAGACGCCGAGCGGAACCGGUUGCAGGGCGGUGGCAAGCCGGACACGAACCCGUUCCGGACCACGUGCAACUCGGAACUGUCGUCGUACGGUGGCGUGGAGAAACGCGACGGCGGAGUGGACGGCGACGGCGUCACCAAGAGGACGCCGCAAGCGUUCAGCAUGGACGACGGUAGCUUCGAUGAGGACUCGUCGGGCGGCGGAGAGUUUGGUCGCGGCCGCCAUAAGAUCGACGAAUGGCAAGCCGCGUGGAACGUCACCAACGCCAUACAGGGGAUGUUCGUGGUAUCACUGCCGUUCGCCGUGCUGCGUGGCGGUUACUGGGCGAUCGUGGCCAUGAUCGGGAUCGCGUACAUAUGCUGUUACACGGGCAAGAUACUGGUAGAGUGCCUGUACGAGCUGGACCUAAACACGGGACAGCGGGUCCGAGUCCGCGACUCGUACGUGUCGAUCGCCCGGGAUUGUUUCGGGCCGGUGUGGGGCGCCCGGGCCGUGAACGUGGCCCAGAUGAUCGAGCUGCUGAUGACGUGCAUACUGUACGUGGUGGCGUGCGGUGACCUGAUGGAGGGCACGUUCCCGGACGGCGUGAUCGACACGCGUAGCUGGAUGAUGAUCACUGGAGUGCUGCUCAUACCGCUCGGGUUUCUGAAGCACUUGCAUCACGUGUCGUUACUCAGCUUCUGGUGCACGAUGUCGCACAUAGUCAUCAACAUCAUCAUACUGGGCUACUGCGUGCUGGAGCUGCCUGACUGGGGCUGGAGCAAGGUCAAAUGGACCAUCGACGUGGAGAACUUCCCCAUAUCGCUGGGCAUGAUCGUGUUCAGUUACACGUCGCAGAUAUUCCUACCCACACUCGAGGGCAACCUGAUCGACCGGUCAAAGUUCGACUGGAUGCUGGAGUGGAGCCACAUCGCGGCCGGCGUAUUCAAGUCGCUAUUCGGUUACGUGUGCUUUCUGACGUUCCAGAACGACACGCAACAGGUGAUUACCAACAACCUGCACUCGCCCGCGUUCAAGGGCUUGGUCAACGUGUUCCUGGUGGUCAAGGUGCUGCUGUCGUACCCGCUGCCGUACUACGCGGCGUGCGAUAUACUCGAGAAGUCCUUCUUCAUCGGGCCACCCGCCACACCAUACCCAAGUAUCUGGCAUGUGGACGGCGAGCUCAAGGUCUGGGGUCUGGCGUUCCGAGUGGCCAUCAUCCUGUGCACCGUGUUCAUGGCCAUAUCCAUACCGCACUUCGCCAUACUGAUGGGCUUCAUCGGCAGCUUCACCGGCACCAUGCUGUCGUUCAUAUGGCCGUGCUAUUUCCACCUCAAGCUGAAGGGUGACUCGCUCGAGUGGCGCACCAUUAUGUUCAACUGUUUCGUCAUAUUCCUCGGCUGCCUGUUCGGCGUCAUCGGCGUCUACGACUCCGGCUCGGCCAUCAUCAAAGCGUUCCAGAUUGGGUUGCCGUUCUGA